AUGUUCGCAACUAAAUUUGGUCUCCAGUCCGAUGACUACAAGAUCUGCGUGGUCAUGGUAGGCCUGCCGGCCCGUGGUAAGAGCCUCAUUGCUGGAAAAGCCAUGCGGUAUCUUGCCUGGGUUGGUAUCCCUGCCAAGGUUUUCAACGUGGGCAGCUACCGUCGCAACGCCACUCCUCAGCCCGCGGCAACCUUCUUUGAUCCGCACAACGCAGAGGGCGAGCGCAUGCGUCGGGCCGCGGCCGAAGCAGCCAUGUCUGACAUGCUGCAGUGGUUCAACGAAGGAAAAGGUGUAGUCGCCAUCCUGGAUGCCACCAACUCCACCAAGCAGCGUCGCCAGUGGAUCUAUGAAUCCUGCCGUGAUGCCGACAUUGAGACCCUCUUUGUCGAGUCCAUCUGUGAUGAUGAGGAGUUGAUAAUGACCAACAUCCUCGAGGUCAAGACUACCUCGCCUGACUACAAGGGUCAGGACCCGGAGUUGGCUGCGUUGGACUUCCGCAACCGCAUCCGCAACUACGAGCUGGUCUACCAGACCAUUGAUGAUGAUGAGAAGGACUACACCUACGUCAAGCUCAUCAACGUGGGUUCUACCGUCAUCAUUAAUCAGAUCAAGGACUACCUGUCCAGCCGCUUGGUGUACUACAUCCAGAACCUACACAUCAAGCCCCGUUCCAUCUGGCUGUCCCGACACGGUGAAUCUGAGUUCAACCUGACUGGCAAGAUUGGCGGUGACUCCAACAUCUCCGAGCGCGGCGAAGCCUACGCCCGCAAGCUGCCAGAACUCCUGCGCAAGUCCGGCGUUCCCCCCAACACCAAGAUCGUCAUCUGGACCUCCACCCUCCGCCGCACCAUCCAGACCGCCCGCCACCUCAAGGCAGAAACCGGCUACGAGAAGCUCGAGUGGAAGGCCCUCGAUGAACUGGACUCGGGAGUCUGCGACGGCCUCACCUACGAGGAAAUUGCCGAGAAGUACCCCGAGGACUUUGCCGCCCGCGACGAAGACAAGUACAACUACCGCUACCGCGGCGGUGAGUCGUACCGCGACGUGGUCAUCCGCCUGGAGCCCAUCAUCAUGGAGCUGGAGCGCAGCGAGAACGUCAUCAUCGUCACCCACCAGGCCGUUCUGCGCUGCAUCUACGCCUACUUCAUGAACGUGCCACAGGAGAAGUCCCCCUGGAUGGAAGUUCCCCUGCACACCCUCAUCAAGCUGACCCCCCGCGCCUACGGUACCGAGGAGCAGCGCUUCAAGGCCGAUAUCCCCGCCGUCUCGACCUGGCGUGGCAAGGGCUCCUCUGCGAAGCAUCAGGAAUUCCCCGCAGAGGGUGCGGAGUGCCCGCCCGCCUCUCACUGA